AAAUUCCAAUUGUUAUUAUUAUAUUUGUAUUAAAAACGCAUAAUUUUGUGCAUUUCAUAUGUGAAAAUAUCCUGUUGGUAUGCACCAGCUGUAAUAGCGCCGAAAAGUAUACAAUAAUUUAGUCUGUGCAAGUGUAUAUGCAAACAUAUAAAGUGUAUGCAUGUGCUUCUGUGUGCGUGUGUUGGCUUCGCGAGAUAACCACUUGUGAAUUUCGAAAAUAUUGUACAUACUUACAUACAUGUACAAAUCUAUUUUCAAGGCGAAUAGUGCAAAAAAAGAAAACAAAAAAAAACCAACAACUUACACAGCGCACAGUAAAUACGUUAAUAAAAAUUUCUGGGAACUAUCACAACAACUACAAGGAAAAGCAGAAAAAUUGAAAGACAUUGCACGCAACGGUACUCAUACGCAGUGUAGUGUGCAACAACAACAUCAAACAAAAAAAAACAGCGGAAGCAACAUAAGCAUUAGCAUUGAAGGCGAGGUUUUCACUGACAACAGUUAACGGCAACAGUGACACAUUGUGGCAACAACAAUAACAACAGCUAGCAGCAAAUUUCUUGUCUUCAGCAAGCACUAACAGCAGGCUGUCAGUUAUUUACACUGCCGUCGCUAUCUUCUUCAUACGUAUACACUCAAAUACUUACAUAUAUUGUAUAUUCUCACACUGCAGGAAAUGGAUUUUCAAAGCCACAAUAACACGAGCGGAAAUAAGUUUGUCUGUCCCAGCGACAGGCAACUGGCAUUGAGAGCAAAAUUGCGUGCCGGUUGGAGCAGCUCGAAAACUAAUGAACCCUUGCGGCCCGAGGAACAGGCCGCUAUUAUAUCCGUCAUCCGGCGCAAUGAGGAGAUUGAGACUGCUGAACGGCAACGUGUUGGCCGUCUUGUCGAACGUGUGGAAAAGAUUAAGCAACGCGCAGUCGAAGGUGGACCAAACUGUUGUCGUCUCUGUGGUGACACAUUCGGUUUGUUGCGUUCAACACGUAUUAUUUGCGAGGAUUGCAAGAAAUCGGUAUGCACCAAAUGUAGUGUGGAUAUAAAUAUACGCUAUCAUACGAGUGACCGUACGCGGGAAAUAUGGUUGUGUCGCAUCUGUUCGGAGACGCGAGAAAUGUGGAAAAAGUCUGGCGCAUGGUUUUUCAAAGGGCUUCCCAAUUAUGAUGCGCCCAGUAGUACUAAUUCAACGCCUACACAUCAGCCAGCAAGUGGCGGCGCCAUGUCUGAUGUGCUACUGCCACCGCGUGGCGCACAAAGUUGUAACAGUACGCCUACGCGUAAUGUGCGCGUAAAGAAACUGACAAUACAUGUGGAUGACAGCAGUAGUUCGGAGGAGGACACAAAUGGUGGUGAUGUUGGUGGCGAUGUUGUUGAUGGCGCCAUAGUAAGUACAGCAGGACCUUUGACAACAGCACGCACAGCAACAAGAUGUGUUGUCAACACUGAUGUGUCACCGCCGCCACCGCCACCAUCGACGACGACGACGACGACGCGUAUGCAACGUGAGGAUAGUUUUCGCCUACGUACUUUUGGUUCGAUACGCAGCAUUAUUGACAGUGGUGAGCGUAAGUUAUCAAAUUCUUUUUUUGCAAAUCGUCAUACAUCUAGAACCGAUAAUAGUCAACCGGAUUAUGAUACCAUAUCAACUGCAUCGACUGUUACAUCAGUGAAUAAUAGGCGUGAAAGUAAUUGUAAUUAUACGCGUCGCAGUUCUGUCUCCUCGUCAUGGUCGAUUAGUGGUGAAAGCUCAUCGGGCAAUUCGGCGAUUACAAGUAGUCACGUGCCCAAUCAUAAUCAGGUAAAUUUACAUUGUCGUGAGCUACUCGGUUGGCUUGAAGUGGCCGUUAGCUAUCGUGAAAAUGCUCAUAGUCUGGACUGUACAAUGGUGAGGGCGCGGGAUUUACCUGCCAUGGAUGCGGCUGGCUUGACAGAUCCCUAUUGUAAAGUAAACAUUGUGACGCCUGAAGGUUUGACUAAAUAUACACGUUGGUUGCGCACAAAAACGGUGCAUAAGACGCGCAAUCCAGAAUUUAAUGAAACCCUUCAGUUUGUCGGGGUCGAACCGGAAGAGCUGGGCUGCUCUGCUCUGUAUGUAGCGAUAUUCGAUGACGACAAGUAUGGUCAUGACUACUUAGGUGGUGCUAAAAUUGCGUUAUCACCGGUACAUAAUACCAAUCAAUAUCGCAUAUCGGUGCCAUUGGGCGGUGAGGAUCAUUUUAGUAAUGAAGCGGAAAUGUCUCAAGAAUGGCCACAUGGCAAAAUUUUAAUUUCACUCUGUUACAAUACCAAGCGGCGUGCAUUAGUGGUGAAUGUCAAGCAGUGCAUCAAUUUAAUACCCAUGGACAACAAUGGCAGCUCAGAUCCAUUUGUUAAGCUACAAUUAAAACCUGAUUCGCAUAAAAAUAAAAAAUACAAAACCGGCGUCAAAUGGCGCACACUAAAUCCAAUAUAUCGUGAAGAAUUCUAUUUUGAAUCCAGUCCACAUGAUUUAAAUAAACAAACAUUAAUUAUAACCGUGUGGGAUAAGGAUAUAGGUAAAAGUAAUGACUUUUUGGGCAGUUUAAUAAUCGGUUUUAAUAGUAAAGGUGAACGUUUGCAACAAUGGCUGGAUUGUAUAAAAUUACCAGAUCAUUUUCAUGAGAAAUGGCAUUGUUUGUCUGGAGAGCAUCCUACGCAUUAAAUGGAAAUGAAGAAUAACCUUAAUUCCACAUUUAUUUUUUGGUAGAUACGGAGACAUGUAAAAUAAUUUUGGUUCUAUGCAUAAAACAAAUUUUUCUUAAUUAAAUCCGGCGAUCAAUUAACGUUCAGUGGGAAUGUGAAAAUCUAUUUCACUUUUUCAUAAUAUCUAAAUGCUUUCCAUUGGUGUUCAGUUGGAAAAUCAAAAAAGAAAACUUAAAGUUUCAUAUGAAAUAAAUAUUCUUCUUUUCUAUUAAUUUUUUUUAUUUUAAAUUGUAAAAGUUUGCCGGCGAUACAAAACUCCAUGUCACACGGUUAGGAUAUAGAUGUAUAAGAUGAUGGUUACCGAUGUGCAAUCGAAAUAUAUCGGGUGAAAAUAUUACUUACAUUGUCUCUAUUUGUUCGCACCUCAAGAAGACAAACUUUUUCAAUUUAUCCAUCUUUUCUUAACUCCAAAAAUACUAUUGAAAAGUGAAAUCAAAUAAUUAUCUAAAAUUUCAAAUGUCAUUAUUGUGCAAGGACUUAGCGUGUAGUAGUUGUGAAAAUGAAAAGUCGGUUUUCAUUUCAUAUUAUCACAGAUAGUAAAUUGAUGCCGGACUAAAAAAAAAAUUAAAAAAAUAGGGCAGCGGCAUUAAAAGAGAUACGAUUUUCAUUGCAUUAUAAUUAAUAAAAUAGAUUAAAGCGAAAAUUAUUUAAAAUACCAAA